AUGAAGGUUACUUGCCACUUAUCAGACCAAGCUUGGAUGUUCAUCCAGGGUGGCUGCACACAGACAAAGACUGCUUUCAGCUCCUAUUAUAUGGUCCUGCUAACUAACAACGGCUUCUUCUGGGUUUCAUGUCUUCAGCUUGCCAAGCUUCAUCAAGCAAUUGAGAUGAUGGACUUUGAUACAACAAAAGCACUAAAGGAACAGAUCAAGAUCAAAUAUGUUCAGACUGACGAUAAACACACAGAUGGCUGUAACCAUGCAGUGAUUGACAGUUCCAAAUAUGUGAAACUGCUAGUUGGGGGCACAGGUGACUAUGUAUUAUCAACAUGGAACAUAUCUGCACUCAAGGACCUAGAAGUCAACAAUGUGGUUGAUUCAUCCAUAAUGAAAGGUGUGAAGAAAUGUCAAUUUGUUGGAAGUGCAAUAUUUGUCUUGGAUGAUACUAAUUUUCUCAGUAUGUGGGAUGCAUAUGCUUUUGUAAUGGUCUGGUACUGGCCAUCAGUUCACAUCCAGGAUUUCUUGCUGACAGCAGAGGGAGAUUCUUCUGCCAUUAACAAACAAGGAAAUGCAAACUUGAAACUUGUAGCUCUGACAACUCCAGUGAAUAAGCAGGUAAGGCUUUUCCUUCCAGAUACAGACUGGUUCUCCUCAUGA